AUGAGCAAACCAGCCCGCCUCGGGGCGGCGCUCAAUCGCUCAAUCUACACGAGAGUCGAGCCUUCAUACAGCGAUGCUAUCAACCUCCUCAACUCGACACAGGCUGGAUUCCGCGUCCUCGAGAACAGGAAACGCUCCGGCCAUGUGCCGGGCGAAGAAUCCAUCACCCAAAUGAAAGAAUGGCUCCGUCUCCUCGGUUACACGCCCCACGACCUCAACCGCCUCAACGUCGUCCACAUCGCCGGCACAAAAGGCAAAGGCUCAACCUCCUCCUUCACCUCCUCCAUCCUCAACCAAUACCGCCUCUCCCCAACCCACACUCUCAGCCCCACCAAAAUCGGGCUCUACACCUCACCGCACCUCACCUCCGUCCGUGAACGCAUCCGCCUCAACGACGUGCCCAUCUCCGAACCCGCCUUCGCUGCGGCUUUUUUCCACGUCUGGAAGGCCCUGGGAUUGGAUUCAGCGGAGCCGCCUGUUGAUAGACCUACGUAUUUCAGGCUGUUAACGCUGCUUUCUUUCCAUGUGUUUAUGAGCGAGGGCGUGGACGCAGCUGUGUAUGAGGUUGGGGUGGGAGGUGAGUAUGAUGCUACUAAUGUCUUUGAGAAGGUUGUUGCUGCGGGGAUCGUUUCGUUAGGGAUUGAUCAUGUGGGUGUUUUGGGGGGUACGUUGGGGGAGAUUGCGUGGCACAAGGCUGGAAUUAUGAAGAGCGGGUGUCCGGCGUUUACGGUGCCUCAGGAGGACGCGGCGAUGAAGGUGCUGAGGGAGAGGGCGGGGGAGAAAGGUGUCGACUUGGUCGAGGUCGGUGUCCAUCCGGGUUUGAGAGAGGUGAAACUACGCCCGGACGAGGAGUUUCAGAGGAAGAAUGCAUCGUUGGCGAUACGAUUGGCCGCGACUGUGAUGGAGAGGUUUGGGACGAAGGUGGAUGUGAGUGGGGAGACGCUGCCAAGGGAGGUUGUUGAUGGGAUUGAGAAGUGUAGCUGGAGGGGGAGGUGCGAGACAAUCGUCGGUGAUAAGCAGACGUGGUAUCUCGAUGGCGCACAUAACGAGCAGAGUCUCGACGUGGCAUGCCGAUGGUUUGGAAGGGUCUCGAAGGAGAGGGACACGCCAUCCGCUCUGAUAUUCAAUCAGCAAUCCGACAGAGACGCAGUCAAGAUGCUCAACGUCACACACGAUCACCUCUCCAGAUCCAACACGGCCAUCAAGUACGCCAUAUUCUGUACAAACAUCACCUACAAGAACAGCUCUACUAAACCAGACCUCAUCAACACCAACGUCGACCCAGACGUCGUCAAGAAACUAACUCUUCAAAACACCCUCGCCGACGUCUGGCGGACGCUCGAUCCUCGGACCGAAGUUGUCGUUGCGCCGUCGAUAGAGGAGGCUAUCGCGUAUGUUAGGGAGAAGGAGGAGGACCUUCAGGUGUUUAUUACGGGAAGUUUGCAUCUUGUCGGUGGUGCGCUGUCUGUUUUGGAAGGAGAGGAUUCCGGGCUCAAGGGGCCCAAAGGUUUGAAGGAUAUUUCGUCGUAG